ACGCACGCGUAGAGGGAGAAGGAAUAACAGAGGGAGAGAGAAAGCGGUGGUGAUGAUGGUGAGGGACUGAAGGAGUUAAAUCUCCUUUAUCAGACUGUGUGAACAGCUGCACACUACACUCAGUGAUCCAAUCUAACAGAGCACAGGGAACGUCAGGCUGUAUGGUGUGCCUGUUUCAAGUUCAGUAGAUCUCCUGCACUGUGUGCCCGCUUGGCUGAGAGAUCGCCAGGCCAGGCUGACGUCACCCACCCAGCCUCCGUAAUCAAAAGUGACACUAAUCCCACUCCUCUGCAAAGCCCUGUCCGUGGAGAGUGAGGGAGACAUAGAGAGAGACAGAGAGUGGCUAUGUGGUAGGCAGAAAAAGAAGGCUGGAGUGUAGUGGACACAUGCUCUUUUUCUUUUAGGUCAGUCUGUUGACCCACAGAGGGGGCGAGCUUUCUGACCACCGUCUCGAUCCUCAGAUUCCCUCCCUCACGGACCCCAACACAGCCCAUCCAGGCGUCGCCCUGGAGGCCAGCUACUCCCCUGAGGGGCUGGCGGAAGGAGAUGGCUGUAGGAGCUUCCCCCUUCCACCAGCAUCCUCUGUACCCCCUCCUCAGCCCCCUCUACCCACCCUGGGAGUGACUACCCUGGAUGGCGUGGAGGUCUGCCAGGAUGAGAAGGACUUCUGUCUGACCACAGAAGGAGGGAUGGAGGUGCUUGGUGCCCAGGAUUCUUUGAUGGGUGAGCUGUCACUGCAGAUUAAUAAAGAAAGGUUACCUUUCCAGAUAUUUCCAGACCCAGUUGAAGUGUCCCUUUGUCCAGAGGGAUCUUCCAAUCGCUUGCAGCACUUCAGUCCCUCUGAGAAAGAACGGUUGCCCUCCAUCGUGGUUGAGCCCACCGACUUAAGCGAGGUGGAGAGUGGUGAGCUACGCUGGCCCCCAGAGGACAUGGACCUCUGUUCUGAGGAGGAUGAAGAUCUGUUUCUGGAACAGUGUAUCCCCCCAGCCAACAUUGCAGACUGGGGAGAAGAGGAAGAGGAGACAUCGGUUAUCAUCAAUCACCAGCAGAACUCAUCCCUCAUUGUCCCUGUUGAAGAGAAGCAUCCCCACAGCAUGAUGGGCCAUCACCAUACUUCAUUGUUGCAAUGCAGUGUCUUGACUCUAGAUGUAAUUUCAGACUGCACUUUUUGAGUAUUGGCUUCUAUCUUACCAAGGCUCCUUUAUCUGUGACAACUGGGUGUUUCCAUGGGGUUGAAUAGUUAUGCAAGCAAAAUAUUUUUUCUUCUGAACAUGAAACAAAUUUCAACUCACAAUAAUCGAUUUUGAGUGUUAAUGUUUCAAAACAAAAUGGAAUUCAAUAAUAUGAGAGAAUUGUUCAGGUGUUUGAAUAGUUUUGCAAGGCAUUUUUCUCUUUUUCUCUUCUGUUGUACUGAAAUUCUUGUACCACUCUGUCUCUCUUGUUUUGAAAUGUGAAUGUACUAUUCGUAAUUCAGUAAUGAAAGAUAAUUCAUUUGAGGGGGGGAAUACAGUGCAAGGCACUAUGUACUGUAAAUAUAUGCUUGUUCAAUUAAGAAAAUAAAAAUGUAUCCUUUUAAUUUAAUAAAUAAUCUUGUUUCAAAAUGUUCAACCUGGUAUACUUCUUUCCUAAACAGCCAUUCAAGUUUUUCUUGCAUUUUCAUCAUCACUCUCUGUCUCUGGAAAUGAGUCU